CCAUCGAACGCACACGUGACUGUAAAUACGUUGCACGUUAUACGGACAGCAGAAGACGAUGGUGUUGAAGGAUAUAAACGUGCUGAAUGUCCAGGAUGCUUUAAUACCGGUGGAAAUCUAAUGUGAUGCGGCUCGUCUAUGAUGCCAGUAAUUCAAAAUCGUUCGAGUAUAUAGCACGCAUUUACAUCAAACUUUGCCGAUAGUAAAAUUCUGAUAGUAGCAAAUAAAAAUGAUCUUCCCGAAGUGAAGCAAAACUAUCUGUUGCAACCGGCCGCUUUCUGCAGCAAAUACAAACUAAUGUCACCGCAGCCGUACAGCUCGCGGACUAUUCAACGUGAAAUUUUCGUCAAGCUGGCUACGACGGCAGCCUUCCCAUAAGUUCAACCAUCACAGUCUCAGAGUGUACAACCAGUUCAGCCAAAGAGAAUAGGCCUAUAAUCAAACCGAGGCUAUCAAAUGGAGGGACAACUACGUGCCUGCGCAUUGGAGCAAAAUAGUCAGUGACGUAUGAAAUGCUACCGGAAGUUUAUCCCCCCAUCUGGCAGGUCUAGCACCUGACAUCACUGGUUUCUGUUAGUUCUCAUGUUCUAACCUAAAAAACAUGUUGUGAAACUGCCCAGAUAAACACAUUGAAUAUAAAUUGUCAGAUUAUCAAUUUUUAAUUAUUUAUCCAAUUCGGAGCAGUAAAUAAUAGAUUUAAAAAUGAAGAACAAAAAUAAGUUUUGCCAGCAUAAAGACGUAUUUGAACGAAUGAAUUACUUAUAUCAGGCUAGUUAUCUCAUGGCAACAUCGAAUCGAGUUGCAGCAUCUUAUUUCGGUAAUAAUAUGGUGGCUUGUGCCAAGAAGGCGGUGUUACGUAUGGAACCAGAUUUAAAGAGAAGCAUAUGUAAAUGGUGUCAGAGUCCGCUUAUACCUGGAGAAUCAGCCAGAGUUAGAUUGCUAUCGAAUCCUUUAAAAGGUCUCAGAUGGACAUGUUUAACUUGUAUGAAUAUUAGGAAAUUUGUUAUGAGAAAAGGAUAUAAAUUAUGGCUUGAGCAACCAGAAUCAAUAAUUGAGACUUUAGAUUUUACAGCCAAAUCAAAAAUAAAAACACACAGAAAUGUAGCUCUGCAGAAGUACUUUCCAAGAAGAAAGAACCAAAUGAAACUCGUCCUAAAAAUUCUACAGAUUUUUUGAAACCGGAUUUAAAAGAAAACAUAUGUGAAGGAUGUCAGAGACCUCUUAUACCCAGUGAAUCAAUCAAAUCACUGCCAAAUUUAAAAGGUGUUAGAUAUACAUGUCCAACUUGUAUGGAUAUUAAGAAAUUUCUUACGCAAAUAGAAUAUAAAUUAUGGCUUAAUCAACCAGAAUCAUCAGCUGAUAGAACUUCAGAUUUUACGGCAAACUCAAAAGACGAAAUCAUACAGAAAUUUGACUCUACAGAUGUUCCCAAGAAGGAAGAACAAAA